CAUUGCGACAACAGGUGAGUAAUUUGGCGCGGAGUGGAAUGGCGGUUUAUGGCUUCGAACGGAUCGCUGGUUAACGUGAACUUGAGCACCAGCAAAAUUAGCUAGCUGACUAUCUGUGCUAAGUGGUAAUACAGAGAGUUUGAAACAUUUUUACCCGCUGAGUAAGGCUACAGCUAACUAACACUGGUGGCAUUGCGAUGAACAGUAGCGGCCCCGCCUACCCGCUGGCCUCGCUGUACGUCGGGGACUUGCACCCUGACGUCACCGAGGCCAUGCUGUACCAGAAGUUCUCCCCAGCCGGCCCAAUCAUGUCCAUCCGCGUUUGCCGUGACAUCAUCACGCGGAGGUCGCUGGGAUACGCCUACAUCAAUUUCCAGCAGCCUGCUGACGCGGAAUGUGCCUUGGACACAAUGAACUAUGAGGUCAUCAAGGGUCGACCAAUCAGGAUAAUGUGGUCCCAGCGUGACCCCGGACUGAGGAAGUCUGGGGUUGGAAACAUCUUCAUAAAGAACAUGGACGAGUCCAUUGAUAACAAGGCCUUGUACGACACCUUUUCCGCCUUCGGAAACAUCCUGUCCUGCAAGGUGGUGUGUGAUGAGAACGGCUCCAAGGGCUACGGGUUUGUCCACUUCGAGACCCAGGAGGCAGCCAACCGAGCCAUAGACACCAUGAACGGCAUGCUGCUGAACGACCGCAAAGUCCUAGAGACAGGUAGACAGGUGGAAUGUGACUUAUCGCAGUCACAGCCAGUGCCUUGUAUCCUGGGGGAAUCUUGUGUGAUGUCCACCUGUAGUUUUGUUGGCCACUUCAAAUCUCGUAAGGAGAGGGAGGCAGAGUUCGGCGCCAAGGCCAUGGAGUUCACCAACGUCUACAUCAAGAACUUUGGCGAGGACUUUGAUGAUGAGAAGCUGAAGGAGAUCUUCUCUGAAUUUGGAAGGACCCUCAGCGUGCGCGUGAUGAUGGAUGAGAGAGGGCGGUCCCGCGGGUUUGGCUUUGUGAACUAUGAGAACCACGAGGACGCACAGAAGGCGGUGGAGCAGAUGAACGGUAAAGAGCUGAACGGCAGGAUCCUGUACGUGGGCCGAGCCCAGAAGAGGCUGGAGAGACAGGGCGAGCUCAAGCGCAAGUUUGAGCAGAUCAAACAGGAGAGGAUCCACCGAUACCAGGGGGUUAAUCUGUAUGUGAAGAACCUGGACGAUGGAAUCGAUGAUGAGAGACUGCGACGGGAGUUCGCCCCAUACGGCACCAUCACCAGCGCCAAGGUGAUGACGGACGUCGGCCACAGUAAGGGCUUCGGCUUCGUGUGCUUCUCAUCGCCGGAGGAGGCCACCAAGGCGGUGACGGAGAUGAACGGGCGCAUCGUGGCCACCAAGCCACUGUACGUGGCGCUGGCGCAGCGCAAGGAGGAGCGCAAGGCCAUCCUCACCAACCAGUACAUGCAGCGCCUGGCCAGCGUCCGCGCCCUGCCCGCGCCCGUCAUCGGCUCCUACCAGCAGCCCUCCGGAUACUUCAUGUCCACCGUGCCGCAGCCUCAGAGUCGUACCUUCUACCCGCCGAACACUGUUCCCCCGAUCCGCCCCGGCCCCCGCUGGACUACCCAGCCUCCUAGGCCUCAGGGCCCGUACUCGGCUCAGUUUGUCCGCUCGGCCGUCCCGCGUCGUGCCUCCACUCCGAUCAGCAGCGUCAGGCAGGCCUCCACCCAGGCCCCCCGCGUCAUGAGCAACACGCAGAAGAUGGCCAACAUCGGCACGCAGACGGCUGGCGGGCGGGCCGCCAUGCCCGGGCCGCCGGUCCGAGGGGUGAACCAGUACAAGUACUCCACCGGGGUCAGGAACAUGCAGCAGGUCAUCACCAUGCCAACCCAGGUCACUGUGCAACAGGUGUCAGAGCCGGCGGUGCUGGUGCGGGGACAGGAGCCUCUGACAGCCUCCAUGCUGGCCGCCGCCCCCCUGAUGGAACAGAAACAGCUGCUGGGGGAGCGGCUGUACCCCCUGAUCCAGGCGCUGCACCCCUCUCUGGCGGGUAAGAUCACCGGCAUGCUGCUGGAGAUCGACAACUCGGAGCUGCUGCACAUGCUGGAGGCCCGUGAGUCACUGCACUCCAAGGUGGAUGAGGCGGUGGCGGUGUUGCAGGCUCACCAGGCGAAAGAACUCUCCCCGAAGAAUUGAAGCGCCCCUUCAGGAAAUGGUGACCUUCAUCUUGGCUUCUCUGAAGGAGGAAAAAGCAAACAAAAAAAGAGUAAAAUAUGAAAAUGUAAAAAAAAAAAAAAAAAAAUUAAAAUAAUUGGUUGUAAACAGGGCUUUGUGAGCAAAUGGAUCCUGAAUGAAAAGAGUAUCUUUAUAAAGUAAUGCAUGAAGCCGGC